GGAAGACCCAGGCUUUCAACGUAGGAAUGUGCUCCAGGAGACAGUCCUUCCGUUGCUAAACAAUCGUUUCCCGAAAUACGACAUUCGUGCGAAUCACCGUGGGUGUAUGUCCCUAGUACCGCAUGCAGUCGCCGCACUAGGGCACAUCACCGGUGACUCUCAAUCUAUUGAGGCCGUGCUUCUUCUGCAGGAGAACCUGGGGUUAAUUCUGGAUGAAAGUGGGGACACCACAGGCGCCCAGAUGUGAUACCAGCGGGCACUUGAUGGCCGUGAGAAGUCCUUCGGAAAAGACCACCCUGUCACUUUCGAUACCGUGCACAACAUGGCCAAUACUUUUCGGCAGCAAGGGGAUUAUGACAAGGCAUUGAUGUGGUACCAGUGGGCAUUAGACGGAUAUGAGAAGUUCCUCGGAAAAAGUCACCCAAGUAGCCUCGGUACCGUCUACAGCAUGGCCGUGGUGUAUAAAAACCAAGGGUAUUAUGACAAGGCAUUGAUGUGGUACCAGUGGGCACUUGAUGGCCGUGAGAAGAUCCUCAGAAAAGACCACCCCGACAUUCUCUAUACCGUCCAGAGCAUGGCCAACACUUUUCAGCAGCAAGGGAAUUAUAACAAGGCCUUGGUAUGGUACCAGCGGGCACUGAACGGAUUUGAGAAGACCCUCGGAAAUGACCACCCCAACACUCUCCAAACAAUCUACAACAUUGCCCUAGUUUUUAAAAACCAAGGGAACUAUGACGAGGCCUUGGUGUGGUACCAGCGGGCACUGGACGGAUUUGAGAAGACCCUCGGAAAAGGCCACCCAAACACUUUCCAAACCAUUUACAGCAUGGCUGUAGUGUUUCAAACCCAAGGGCACCACGACAAGGUCUUGUUAUAGUACCAGCGGGCGCUUGAUGGCCGUCGAAGCUUACUCGCCGACAAGAUCGAUGAGCGAUUGACGCCGAGCGACAUAUGAAAUCCCGUGG